ACAGCAACAACAAAUUUCGUUUUGGUGUAAGCAGCUGACGCAUUCCGAUUUGGUUAUCGGAACGUUGGCAAGUAAUAAAUUUUUGCGUAUAACAGCACAAAUGUGCAUGUAACAGCUCAGACUGUGCUUGUAACAUGCGCUUAACAGAACAUCUGGGUGAGCACAGCUGUUUCCCGCCCAAUUUAUUUCGGACUUCAAAAUGGGAAAGCAUAAAUCAUCUCUUUAAGAUGAAAUGCUGGUGGGUUUUAUGAAAGACAACCCGGGCUUGGCAAAAGGAUUUGUGAAGGGCGACCGAGUUGUUGUCGAUGCCAAGUGGGCAGAGCUUUGCGGCGCUCUCAAUGCUGUUGGGCCGCCAAUCAAGUACGCAUUGUGUUGGAAAAAGGUUUGGGCAGAUUGGAAAACAAACAUCCGCAAGAAGAUGGCGAAAAACAAAUCAGAAACUCGAGCUACAGGUGGAGGGCCCUUCGCUCAGCAAUCGCUUGGGGAAUUGGAGGAGGAAGUGGCCAAGCUAUGUGGCCUCUACGAAAUGGUGGAAGGAGUAGGUGGGCCAGCGUAUGGACUUCCCCCCCGUACGACCAAGGAGGCCGACACUGGGGUUAAGUGCGUGAUGGAAGACCCCAUUGAGAAGGAACCCUCAGAGAAGGACGAACCCUCAGAGAAGGAGGAGCCCAUGCCGAAGCGCCGUCGAACUAGACCAGCGCAGACCAUGGACCUCAACGAUCUCUGCGCUGCUCAGCUGGAUUAAAUGUCGGCAAUUUCCAAGAAAAUUUCGGAACAUUUCGAACGAAUGGAAUCGUUAGAGAAGGAGAAGCUCGAGGUCCAAAAGGCGCUUGUAGACAAAUUUAGCCAAAUUUUGGACAAAUUUGCGAAAUAAUUAGUUUCCUAUUAGUUUUUUUGUGAAACUUAGCUUUAUUAGUUAUAAAGAAUAUCGAAUGACAUAAAGAAGAAAA